AUGGUCAACAAGGUACUGGGGGCCUAUGUGGCCGCCGACUUGGCCUUCGCGGUCACGGGCGCAAUUCUGGUCGGCUUCUGCGUCGUCACGCAGAACACCAUGUUCAACGCGCCGACGAAUGGUACGGAGGCUGUUGAGCACCUCCUCUUCCGGGAGUUCCCAUUGACAGCGGGUAUCGCCAACGGCGUCAUGGUCUUUGUGACUUUCGCCCUCACUAUCCCCGCCAUAGUGAUGCCCACCCGCGGCUGGCUCAAGCUCUCAAGCUACUUCAUCGUCGCCAGCGCCCUCUUUUCCGUCAUCCUGGGUUUGUAUAUGUGGAUCCUCACGCUACGGACCAAGGAGACCUUUUCACCUAUAUGGGAUGCCCAGACCUCGACGGUGCAAGACCUGAUGCAGACUUCGUUCACCUGCUGCGGCUACUUCAACAGCACCUCGCCCGCCUUCGUCACGGACGCCACGUGCCAGUCGCCCGCGGCCGCCGCCCUGAUGCGAGGCUGUGCUGCGCCGAUUGCCAGUUUCGCCAACGUCUUUGUCGACGACAUCUUCACCGCCGUCUUCGGUAUGGCUGGCAUCGAUGCCGUGCUCCUUCUCGCCACUGCGUGCCUGCUCAAGGACCGCAAGGAGCGCGCCCGCUUCAGGUACAUCGACUCCAAGGCCGAGGGCAGGUCAGGGUCGAUCUGA